AUGCAUGCAGAUAGGCCUAUCCGCGUCUCAGUUGAGGAAGCAGCUGGGUCCGGAAUCGCGCUAGAUCAUGUCCAGAUCAGCGAAGCCCACGGUGGUGGGUAUCCGGCAAAUGUCGAGGGGCUUCAUCAUUUGCAUUGCUUGGGAGACGGUGCAUUCCGAAACGAUGAUUUUAUCGUCCGGAAACAUGUUUCACAUUGCCUUGAUAUUCUCCGCCAACAGCUAAUGUGCACGAUUGAUGUCGGCGUCCUAGGGCAGGUCUGGAUCCAUCCGGAUCAUCCUAGUCCCUUCGUUGACUUCAAUACGGAACACGUUUGUCGGAAUUUUGAGGACAUUCGGGAGUGGGCACAGAGAAAUCAGUUGCCUUUGCCUGCGCAUGGACAUGGGGCUGAUGGUGCACAGGCUGACUUUUUGGUCCCACCACGAAAAGAUAAGGUUUUGAGCGAAAUUCCCUGA